AUGGUUCUCGCCGUCGACCUCUUGAACCCUACCCCUCAGGCUGAGGCCCGCAAGCACAAGCUGAAGACCCUCGUCCCCGGCCCCCGAUCCUUCUUCAUGGACGUCAAGUGUCCCGGCUGCUUCACCAUCACCACCGUCUUCUCCCACGCCCAAACCGUCGUCGUCUGCGCCGGCUGCUCGCAGGUUCUGUGCCAGCCUACGGGUGGUAAGGCGCGGUUGACUGAGGGCUGCUCGUUCCGGAGAAAGUAG